UUAAAUCCACUCCGACGGCGCACAUCACUCCAACCAUCAGUGCUGCUGUCCUGCACGUCCCGGUCUCUGCCUCUGGAGGAGAGCGAGCGCCCCGGCAGCUCCAGCAGCUCCAGCAGCUCCAGCAGCGCAUCGCACGGUGACAUGCUCCGCAGGCUCCGGCUGCUGUAGCCCCACAGACAAACACCCGAUAUAAAGCUACCGGGACGCGCGUGUGAGAGUGAGUGAGUGUGUGUGUGAGAGCGGUAAGGAGAUCUGGUUUUUAUUAUUACUAUCAUCAUUGUUAUUAUCACUCGGUCCCGGAGGAACAGCGUCCGGUGCGAGCAGAGCAUCGCCUCCACGCAGCAGGGGAGAGAGAGGCUCCCGCUCCAGACCAGCCGCUACAAACCGGUGUGGAACAACGGCCUGGCUUCUGCGACAAGACAGCGUUGUCGUCAAGUGAAAGGACAACAAAAACUGUCCCGUUGCCAUGGGGAAACAGAACAGCAAGCUGCGGCCCGAGAUGCUGCAGGACCUCCGGGAGAACACGGAGUUCUCCGACCACGAGCUGCAGGAGUGGUACAAGGGUUUCUUGAAGGAUUGCCCCAGCGGAACAUUGAAUGUGGAGGAGUUCAAAAAGAUCUAUGCCAAUUUCUUUCCCUACGGAGAUGCCUCCAAGUUCGCCGAGCACGUCUUCCGGACUUUCGACACCAACGGCGACGGGACGAUAGACUUCCGGGAAUUCAUCAUCGCCUUGAGCGACGUCACGGGGAAGCUGGAGCAGAAGCUGAAAUGGGCUUUCAGCAUGUACGACCUGGAUGGAAACGGAUACAUCAGCCGUGAGGAGAUGCUGGAGAUUGUUCAGGCCAUCUACAAGAUGGUGUCAUCCGUCAUGAAGAUGCCAGAGGACGAGUCCACGCCAGAGAAGAGGACGGAUAAGAUCUUCAGACAAAUGGACCUCAAUAACGACGGCAAAUUGUCCCUGGAGGAGUUCAUCAAAGGUGCCAAAAGCGACCCCUCCAUUGUCCGGCUACUUCAGUGCGACCCCAGCUCCGCCUCCCAGUUCUGAAGCCCCUCCCCCACAUCCUGCUGCGAGCUUGUUUUUAACCCCACCGCCCUCUUCUCUAUUUCUGUUGCUGAAAUCAAUGCAUGACGAUUCACAUCUCUCAUCUCUGUUUAAUUCUUGUCCAGCGGAGAGGCUGAGGAGAGAGUAGGAAUUUCAUUUUGCUUUUGGAUUUUUUUAGAGGGGUGGGGGUGAAGAGACAUGCUUACACACGUAACGGUGUCGGGGUCCAGCUGGCGCCCGCCGGAGCCCCCGGCUGUCUGCAUCCGGAUCAGGAUGAGAACGGAGGGAGAGAGAGAAAGAGAGAGAGAGGCUCUGGAGUUCACCUCCGAUGCGCAUGUAUAUUAUCAUGUACAUAACUGUAUGUCAAUGUGUAUCAUAAGAUGGAUUCAGUUUGUCUUCACUCACUGUGUGGCACAUACGACAAAAGGCAGUAUUAUGUAGCUUCCUGUUCCGAUCUCAGUGGGAGUCGUUGGGAUUUUAUCGCUGUAUGAUCUUUCGCUGUGAAAAAGAAGGCCUAAGAUCCCUUUUGAUUUUGAUCUUUUAUUAUUAUUUUUUUUGUGAAUGUCGACUGGUGUUUUUUUUAAUUACUGUUUUACUUCCCACCCCCCUUUCAUUUGUACAUAUGUUUUUCCUUUAUUCAUGUGGUUUUAUUUAUUCAUUUUUACUCUCAAUGUGCUUUUACUUUGACAUGUUUGAGAUGACUGUGUUCCAGUUUACAGCGGCUGAGAGGGUGAUCGGCGAACAAUUCUUUUUCUAAAAUGGAUUUUUGGUCAAAAUGAAGGAUAUUAAUUCCCAGUGAACUAAGAGGAUCUCAUGAUGCAUCCGAUCAACAGCACCAGUAGCACAUAUCGUUGUUUUACCGCCAUGUAUUCACAGAGCACGGCUGUGCUGUCAAUCUGAAUGCGUGUGUGUGUGUGUGUGUGAAUUCUGACUGUGUGCUUGAGGCUUACUUUUACAGUAUUACCUUGUUGUGUUGUUUCUUAUUAAUACAGUAUCUUGCAAGAAAAAAAAUAUUCGCACCCCUUUGAAGCUUUUCACAUUUUCUCAUGUUACAACCCCAAAAAAAUGUCAUGAAUUUUGUUGGUGUUUUACGUGAUGCACCAAUCCAUAAUUUGGAGAUGAUUCAAAAAAAUAAAUAAAUAAGCGUGACACUUAUGUAUAAGCUAAAAACGUAUGUUUUUUUGUGGGGCUUCUCUAGUCUUGCUGGCUGGAUUCCUCCAGAGUUACUUCUCUUGAUCGAUGCUCUUCUUUGAGCCGUCAGUUUCGGUGGAUGGUGAUGUGUCAGUAGAACUACGUGGCCUGGUACUCGAGCUGAGUGGGGAACAUUUGUUCCAUUUUCAGCUGGUUCUGUUUGCUUUCACACUGCACCGUCAAAGGAACCAGACGCUUUGAAAAACUUGUUCACCUCCUCGCCUGAGGUGGCGCUGCACGAAGAAUCACUUGCGGAAACACACAAAAACUCGAGGUGAGCGAUACUGCCUUUUUUAGCAUUGUCAGACUUCUGAUUGUAAGAACAUUUUUGUAGUUUUUUAUUUGAAUUAGUUUCCUAAAGGCUGUGGCAGGAUUUGGGCGAGUUUUUUUUUAUUAUUAUUAUUUGUACGAAACAAAUGGCAAAAAACUGUCAUUUGACAGCAAAUUGAAACAAAACCUGAUUUGAGGUAAAGUUGAGAAACUGCAAUACUUGCCACGCUAGUAUCAAUGUGACACAGGUGUCAAUAUUAUCAAUAUUUUUAAUAAAUUCCCCCCACCUAACAAAAUCCUGCGAGCGCAACAUUAGAGAAUGUAAACAAAACUAGUGUAGCAUCUGAUUUAAGUGGUUGUAAAAUUUCGCUUUGGUUGUUGGUAAAAGACCAGAGGCCAUUUCUCCUGCUAACAUUUGACUCUUGCGCUUGCUUAAGUUGUAUUCACCCAGGAUGCUACAAUCUGCUUCCUGCUGUUGUAGUGGCCUCUGGUUUGCUUGCCGUUCACAUAUCCAUUCGAACCGCACCAGAGUUCGCUUCAACCAAAUCGAUGUCCAGGUUUUUAGACGGAGCGGAGUUCGAUUGCCCAUUCACCCCGCCUGAAUCAAACCAGACGAUACAGGCAAAAGGCGUAGAGUUCGAUUUAAACCGACGAUAAGACGGUGACGAUGGCAGGACAAUGUCGCCGUCCGACGGUUUUCUCCCACAACGUUUCUCUUGAUCUGUUGCGUAAAAUCCCAAUAAAGUACGUCGCACUUUGUGGUUGUAAUGUGUCAAAAUCUUUACAAGAAAAAUUUUGAUGAGGUACGAACAAUUUUGCAAGUUACUGUAAGUAUGUUAGAAAUCUUUAAUAUUGAGCAGUAAACUUAAGAUAGUUGUAACCUGUUACUAUUAAUGCAUGAUCCCACAAGCAAGACACGGGCGACUUUCACAACCACAGUUUUCGCAGAGCGAUACCUUUUCGGAGCUCUGCAGCUCUCUCAAAAAUGAGUAGGCUAUUCCUCUGAGCCGGGCAGCAGCCCCCACUGCCCUCCGCUCCCUCCAUCCAAUUUGUGUUUUUCUCUUUUUUUCCUCUGGCAGACAGAGAACUCACUAAGGGCUUGUUCAUCACUCUUAUGCUGAGCGCUUUUCCGAGCGCCCAGAUUGGUCUGCUUGCACGAAAAGGCUCGUUUCAGGAGGAAAAGGAUGCUGUACGCUUGUCCUCGUCUGGGGAUUUCAAGGGUGAUUCAGUUUUCAUUGGCACUUUGAAGUCCAUGUUUAGGGCACCUUAUUGGCAGCAAGAAAGAAAAAAAACACCUCAAAAUGGGGGUUGUUAAACGUUUUCACAAGACAUCGGUGCCAGAGCCACUCUGAAACGCCUCACAUGUCCAGACUACUGUUGCCCUCUCAAUGCAAAGAAUGUAUUUUAUUCUGUCAAAUCAAUUUACCUUUAAUGUUUUAGUUUUAGCCGAUAUCUAAUUGAUCGCCACCGCGUCCAACUACUCCGACACGGAUCUAAACAAACAUAAAGUCAGCUUGUACCAAAUGUUUUGAACAGCAACUGCCUAUCCAGCAGCAUCUCUGCUUUGGGGAUCCUUAAGUAUCACUGCCUUCUGCUGGUAGGAUAAGAAACAACAGUCAGAAAUUCCUGACCCACUACAGUUCAUUUCUUUUUUUUUUUUGAGUUUCUAUUAUCACUGCCUAUCUUAUAACAAACUGGUAUCAUGUCUUGAAGAAAAUAAAAUAAGCCCCUCCUCCUCUUUUAUCCUUCCCUUAUUCCUGCACUACUUUUCUGUUGCAUGAAAACCUCGUAUGAGGAUGCAAUGUUUGUUCUGUUGAACUUGGCAUUAAAAGGAUAUCAAAACAUAA